CAGUUGGAUUCUUCUGCAUUCACACCACCCGCAGUCUCUGGAACACUUCUCCGUUCUCAGAUUUUAUUUUUUCGGAGGCAGAAAGCUCCUGUUCAACUCAUCCCUACUGAAAAUAAGAUGGCAAGCAGCUUCACAAAAAUUCUGUCUUCAAAACGAUAUAUUGGGAUUCUGUCAUUAGUUGGAGCUGGGUCUUUGACAGCGGGAGUUUUGCUGAAAAGGGACCAUGUCACCGCCGGGGCGCCGGUUCGGCGAGUGUAUCCUGCCAGUGCGGAAUAUCCCGACCUCCGCAAGCAUAACAACUGCAUGGCUAGCCACCUGACCCCAGCCAUCUAUGCCAAACUGUGUGACAAGGCCACACCCAAUGGGUUCACCCUGGACCAGGCCAUCCAAACCGGUGUGGACAACCCUGGGCACCCCUUCAUCAAGACUGUGGGCAUGGUGGCAGGGGAUGAGGAAUCAUAUGAGGCGUUUGCUGACCUGUUGGAUCCAGUCAUAAAGGAAAGGCACAACGGCUACGACCCCAACACUAUGACCCAUCCUACUGACUUGGACGCCAGCAAGAUCCAUUCAGGCCAAUUCGAUGACCGCUAUGUGCUGUCAUCGAGGGUCAGGACAGGGCGGAGCAUCCGAGGUCUGAGCCUGCCCCCCGCGUGCACGCGUGCAGAGCGUAGGGAGGUCGAGCGGGUCGUGGUGGAUGCCCUCAGUGGCCUGAAGGGGGACUUAACCGGAAAAUACUACAGCCUCACCCAGAUGACAGACCAGGAACAGCAGCAGCUCAUUGAUGACCACUUCCUGUUUGAUAAGCCAGUGUCCCCACUCCUGACAUGUGCAGGGAUGGCUCGCGAUUGGCCAGAUGCCCGUGGUAUCUGGCACAACAACGAGAAGACCUUCCUUAUCUGGAUCAAUGAGGAGGACCACACCAGGGUCAUCUCCAUGGAGAAGGGUGGCAACAUGAAGAGAGUGUUUGAGAGGUUCUGCAGCGGCUUGAAACAAGUGGAGAGGCUGAUUCAGGAGAAGGGCUGGGAGUUUAUGUGGAAUAAGAGACUGGGAUACAUCCUCACAUGCCCCUCCAACCUGGGUACCGGCCUGCGUGCUGGAGUACAUGUCAACCUGCCCCGCCUCAGCAAGGACCCUCGCUUCGCUAAGAUCCUGGAAAACCUUCGCCUGCAGAAGAGAGGCACAGGGGGUGUGGAUUCAGCCGCUGUGGGCAGCACCUUUGACAUCUCCAACCUGGACCGCCUGGGCAAAUCUGAGGUCCAGCUAGUGCAGACCGUGAUUGAUGGAGUCAACUACCUGGUAGACUGUGAGAAGAAGUUGGAAAAGGGGCAGGACAUUAAGGUGCCCCCACCCAUUGGCCAGUUUAAGUAGACUGACCCAGCUGACCAUGCCAUUUCCUUCUCGACCCCUCCGUCCUCUCCUCAACUCCUCCUCAACCCCUAACAAAAAUUCAGCUUGACAUCACCCUGUCUCACACCUACUCUACAACAGCCAUCAGUGUAGUACUUUGUAGCAAACUUGCUUCAGUCCCUGUGUAGAACUAGAUGUAUCACUUUGCUGUGUUGAGAUAUACUUUGUAUGAAGUCUAAAGAACUUUUAGAUGCUAUUCCCCCAUUUAAUAGAAACAACAGGAUGCUAUUGUGUUGGAGCACAUUAAGACAAAAUGGCUGUCAGUUAGCAGAACACUACAUCUUUGAUGCACUACUACAAUGGCAACCCUGUUCUCCAAUUUACCCUUGCUGUGCUGUUUACCUGGUACU